AUGAGGGCCUGGAGCCUCCUCCUCCUGGUGGCCCUCUUGGCUUUGGGGAGCCAACUGCCCUCUGCCUCAGGCCGGAGGAAAAAUGAGAAAUCAGGAGGCUGCCCACCAGAUGAUGGACCCUGCCGCCUGUCAGCGCCUGACCAGUGUGUGAGCGACAUCCAGUGUCCCUUGCAUCAGAAGUGCUGCUCCUGGAAUUGCUUCCAUCAGUGUGUCCCCAAGGUCUCGGUGAAGUCGGGCAGCUGCCCUGAGACCCGCCUGCACUGCCUGAGCCCCACCCAGCACCUGUGCCACAAGGACACCGACUGCAGGGGCUCCAAGCGGUGCUGCCUCACGGCCUGCGGCCGGGACUGCCGGGACCCCAGCACAGGCUAA